AUGUUCAGACAAUUGACAUCCAAGCCUUUCCAAUUGGCUGCUAGAAGAAAUGCUUCGAGUUUUGCUAGAUUAUCUGUCAUGGGCCGCGUCGGUGGUGAACCUGAAGCUCAGGAAACUGAUGCCGGCAAAGUGUUUGUGAAAUACAGUAUUGCCACCAACCCUACCAAGGAUGGACCUCCAUCCUGGUUCAAUAUCUCUGUGUUUGAGCCAAAACAAGUGGAGUUCUGUGGUAAUUACUUGAAGAAGGGUGCUUUGGUUCUUGUUGAAGCCAACGUUAUCAACAAGUCUUACGAAAAGCCAGACGGGACUACUGCUUAUGCUACCAACUACUACCAGCAAAGAAUUGACAUCAUCAAGAACCCAUAUAACCCUGACGCUGCUGGUGCUGCUACCACCUCCGAAUAA